AUGUAUCCCGGAUCACAUUCGCACGACCGCGUCGAGUUGUCGCACUUGGCGUUUUCGGCGCACAGAGACGGAAGCGAAACGCAGUCGGCGGUGCUCUUUUUGGAGCAACUCGUGAGUCCGUCGCCGAUGAAGCCGUCGCGACAGAUGCACGUGCCCGAGGAUGGUUCACAAGUGGCCAGGGAGUGGCACGUGAUGUUGGCGCAGAGAGACUUUUUCAGUUGACAACUUUCUUCUACAACUAAUUCUUGGAGUGCUGUAGCUCUUGGAAGUUUUAACAAGCUGACCUAACUUUGAGGGACUACAGAACCCCAGGCAGUGGUCCUGGAAAAACGUUGUCAACUGAAAAACUGUAGUACUAGAUGUCAAGAUGCCCCAAGACCAUUUCUAGACCAUGACCACUUUCCCGGACCCCGCAAUAUUCAUUGUUUUGCAGGUACAAACAAAGAGCGCAACGGCUCUCGGCAAUGGUCCGUGCUCAACCGACGAAACCCGCCGAACGUCUUCUGAAAUGGUCAGAAUUUCUGGCAGAAUUCAAACAACUCGAAAACCUGGAACCGGCGGCUCUCAAGCUCAACUUCCUCCAAUAUCACUCUCUGGACGUCGUCGCCCUUCUGCUCACUGUAGUUCUUCUGGUCCUCUACGUCGGAUACCGCAUUCUGAAGGCAAUUGCGAGGCGCUGUUGUUGUAGAACCAAAAAUGACGAGGAGAAGAAGAAAAAGGAGUGA